CGCUAGCCAGGUAGCGGCGACGGCUAUCGUCGAGAGAGCAUUACAUUAGACGACACAGUGGUAGCUAGCGGGUUAGCUCUGCAGCUAAUCAUGGUGAGUGUAAAGAAGCGGAAAGGCCGAGUUGUUAUCGACUCUGACUCCGAAGACAGCGCCAGCGAUGAUAACUUAGAUCAGGAGCUGCUGUCUUUGGCAAAGAGGAAGAGGGUUGAUUCGGGUGAGCAGGAAGAACCUGUUGGCAAACCAGCAGCUUCCACAGACUCCGAGACAUCUGACAGUGAUGAUGAGUGGACUGUGGGUGGCACCAAAGGUAAAAAGAAGGUUAAGCAGGGCAAGGGCUCUGAAAAGAAGAACGCUACAAAGAAGAAGGUUAAUAAAGCGACAGCAUCUGGCAGCUCAGAUGGGGACAGCUCAGCUGAGAGCUCUGCACCGGAAGAAGGUGAGGUGUCUGAUUCAGAGAGCAACAGUUCAUCCUCCAGCUCCGACUCAGACUCCUCCGAGGACGAGGUGUUCAGGGACGGUUAUGAUGAUGACUUGAUGGGCGAUGCUGAGGACAGAGCUCGACUGGAGCAGAUGACCGAGAAGGAGAGAGAGCAAGAGCUGUUCAACAGAAUUGAGAAAAGAGAGGUGCUAAAGAGACGGUUUGAAAUUAAGAAGAAGCUAAAGACAGCAAAGAAGAAGGAAAAAGAGGAGAAGAAGAAAAAGCAGGAGGAAGAGCAAGAAAAAAGGAAGCAAUCUCAGGUUCAAGACACGCAAGUGGUCAUGUCGCACAACAAGGAGAGACGAUCCAAGCGUGAUGAAAAACUUGACAAAAAAUCCCAGGCCAUGGAAGAACUAAAGGCUGAACGUGAGAAGAAGAAAAACAAAACAGCGGAGUUGCUGGCUAAGCGUCAGCCACUGAAGACGAGCGAGGUUUAUUCUGACGAUGAAGAGGAAGAAGAGGAGGAUGAUGAUAAGUCAUCGGUCAAAAGUGAUCGGAGUUCACGUUCAUCGUCUUACGAUGAUGACGAAAAAGAGGAGACUCCACCAAAGUCACAGCCUGUAUCCCUGCCAGAUGAACUCAACAGGAUCCGCCUGUCCAGACACAAGCUGGAGCGCUGGUGUCACAUGCCCUUCUUUGCGAAGACUGUUACUGGCUGCUUUGUGAGGAUAGGGAUCGGGAACAGCAGCAGUAAACCUGUUUAUAGGGUUGCUGAAAUUGUUGACGUAGUAGAGACAGCGAAGGUUUACCAGCUUGGCUCAACACGAACAAACAAGGGAUUACAAUUAAGGCAUGGUGGUGACACACGGGUUUUCAGGCUUGAGUUUGUAUCAAAUCAAGAGUUCACCGAAAGCGAAUUCAUGAAGUGGAAAGAAGCGAUGAUGGCUGCUGGUAUGCAAGUACCAACUCUGGAUGAAAUCACCAAGAAGGAGCAAUCUAUCAAAGAAGCUCUGAACUAUAAGUUCAAUGAUAAAGACAUUGAAGAUGUAAAUUGUAAAAGAAAGGACAGAUUCCGGAAAGCACCACCAAAUUAUGCCAUGAAGAAAACGCAGUUACUCAAAGAUAAGGCCAUGGCAGAAGAGAGUGGAGAUGGUGAAAGAGUUAAAGUAAUCCAGGAUGAGCUGAACGAGCUUGAGGAAAGGGCCGAAGCCCUCGACAGACAGAGGACCAAGAACAUCUCUGCUAUUAGCUACAUUAAUCAGAGGAACAGAAGCUGGAACAUUGUUGAAUCUGAGAAAGCUCUUGUGGCUGAAGGACAAAAUGCCAAAAACCAACAAAUGGAUCCUUUCACACGAAGACAGUGCAAACCCACCAUGGUGUCUAAUGCCAGAGACCCGUCAGUCCAUGCAGCUAUUCUUGCUCACCUAAACCAGAAGUAUGGCUCCGGUUCAGCACCAGACAAUCCAAAUGCAGAGAAGAAACAAACUGGUAAGGAGACACUCCCUAAUACCCUCGGUCAAACACACCAGAAAGACAAAGAUGUCCCCAAGCCAACCACUGACCUCUCGGAAGACCUGUUUAAAGUUCACGUUGACGUUAAGAUUGACCUACAAGUUCCCAAUGCAGAGGCGAAGUCUCUGUCUGUAAGCUCCAACGCGCUGCCAGUGAAGGAUGGCUCUCCCCGCAGGUCCCUCAACCUGGAACUACAGAAGAGGAGGGGGCUGAUUUGAUGUGGCAGUCCCUCAUCGAGAACCCACAUUGCAUGUUUAAUUUGUUGAUUGGGAAAGUAAGUAAGUGUGUGUGUGUGUGAGCGCGUGUGUGUGAGCGUGUGUGUGAGCGCGUGUGCGUGAAUGACUCCUGAGGGAUGUGAGUUUUGAAUGUUGAUACAACAGACUGUUCAUCCAACCAAAAGGAAAUACUGAUUAAACGGAGACAAUUUUCUCAAAGGAUCUUUCUCUGGAAAAAAAAAAAAGAAAAACUUGUCCUUCUGUUAUUUUGUUUUUUUGGCAUUAUCACAGAUGAACUUGUAUACUGAGUUUGUUGUUUUUUUUUAAUGUAUGUAACUUCUCUCCUGCUCUUCUGGAUCUUCUGGAGACCACUCCUUUUUUUUUUUUUUUUUUUCUCUCCCCCUUCAAGAGGACAAAAAGGACAUGGCGCUUGUGGAUUAUUACCUUGAACAAGGAACCUAUCUUAGAAGACUUAGGUCGUUUAGGCAUUUUAAAAUCUCUGGACAUCUUCGGAUUUGACCAGCUUGUUCUUAUCAAUAAUAAUUUAAUGUAGUACAUUUUCCCCCCCUGUAUGUAUGAACAUCUGCAGUUGCAGUCCAUCCUCAAUUUCAGCAGCCUUGUGGUUAUUUGCAGAGUUCACACUAUUACCAUCUCUGACUUAACCACAGUGUUUCCCCUCCAUGGCAAAUGUAAAACGUUCAGUACAUGUCAGCUGGACAUCUGUCACUUUUUAAAACAACCUAAUUAAAGAAGAACUCUUUUGUAUGGCUGACCUUAUUCUAAGUGUUGCUUCGUUUUUUGUUUUCUCUCGGUUGGAUGUUCAUGGGAUAACUCCCUUGCCCUCAACUCCCAGAGCAGAUUCUAUGUGUUAUCGAUUGUGUCCAUAGUCAGUUCCUGUUUUGAUGUGGCAUGCCAUGUAAAUAUGCAUUUUUGAGUGAGUGCGAAAAAAAAAAAAAUAAAGGGGCACUUUCAUAA